UGAUGUUGUUGUUGUGAUUUUUGUUGUUUUGCCUCCUUGAAGUUGAAGAUUUUCUUUCAUAACGAAAAAGUAAAAGCAAUUUUGUGUUGUGAUAUAUUUUUGUUCUUCUGUUUGAUAAGCACAAGUUUAAGCUAACAAAUAUCGUUGAUUGACAAUUUCAAUUCUUAAAUUAAAUUGAUUUUUUUUCGUCUCUGAAUUAAUUAUCGAGGGCGUUUUUCCUUUUCUUUCAUAUUCUUUGACCAAUCAAAUUGUGUUGCCUAAAUUAUAUUCUAUCAAUAAUAAUUGUUCUAUCUUUUGGCGUGUCUCUUCGGAUAGUUUCAAGGUGUGGAUUUUGGAUAACGACGACGACGGACACUUAACUUAAGUGUGGUGGUCAGUGACCUAUUAAACUGUAUCAAUAUUACAUUAUUUAAGUUUCUGGAUAACCGGUUCCAUUGAUCCCCCCAGAGAGAACCAGAAUCAAACAAAACGCAUAAUAUUCCAUCGUCGAUAAAAACAAAUUUAUCUACUAUAGUUUCAAGUCUCUGAAAACUGAUAACACAGAAGAAAAAAAACGAAAACGAUGCGAACAAAUUGACAACAACAAAACCAAAAAAUUAAAUUCGAGGUAAAAAAAGAACAAUAAAUUGGCAAAAGCGUAUCUUUUUGAAGACCGCGAGUGCGAGUCUAAAAAAAACAAAAAUCGAAAGGAAAAAAAUCAACCAGAUAGACCGGGCCACAGCUAUCACCAAGUAAACCAUUAAACGCGUAUAAUAAUACCUAUGCCACCACGGCGCGGAGGAAAACUUGAGUGUAUAAAUUUCUUGAACUUGUACAUUUGAUCGGUUAGUUUACUUAACACCUCACACGAGUGUGGGUGCCCGUUUAGUCAAGUCAGUCAGACUUUAGUCAGUUAGUUAGUUGCAGUUCUCCAAAACAAAAAGGAUUUCCCUCAUUGCUGCACCACGAUGAUGGCAAUAGUCCAAACGCUCCUAAUUGCUUUGGCAAUAAUUGCACCAGCAUCAUGUACAGACUUGGUAUGGGGCUAUGAAUGUCGCCAAAGUAAAUGCAUGAAAGUUGCUCUAGAUGAGAAGAACUUCCAAAAGGCUGUGAGUAUGCCAGUGUGCAGAAUAUUCUGUGGAGACACUAUUGGCACACUUUGGCCCAAACCAACAGGUCCUGUGAAAUUUGGGGAAUAUAUCGUCCAUAUUGAUCGCAGCAAAAUCCGAUUUGAUGUUGCAACAACCAAAGCUAGUAAGCUUUGGGCCGUUAAUGAAAAGCGUUUUGCUGAACAAAUCGAGGCAAAAAUACCUGAUCCUAGUGAUGUUAGGAACGAAGGAAGAUCCCUGACGAUUAAGAUUAAUGUCGAUGAGAGUCCCGAAAAAGCUGACGAAAUUCCUCAGUUGACUUAUGAUACCGAUGAGAGCUACAAAUUGGAGAUCAGUCAAGGAAAGAAUGAAGUAUUUGCUGAUAUUUCUGCUAAGUCCUAUUUCGGAGCCCGACAUGGUCUGGAGACAUUAGCUCAGUUGAUUGUGUACGAUGACAUUAGAAGGGAAGUUCAGAUGCUCGCUCAGGCUGAGAUUAAUGAUGCCCCAGCUUAUAAACAUCGUGGUCUGCUUUUGGAUACAUCAAGAAAUUACUUUAGUGUAAAAUCAAUCAAGAGAACCAUCGAUGGAAUGGCAAUGACAAAACUUAACACUUUCCAUUGGCAUAUAACCGAUUCUCAUAGUUUCCCCUUGGAAGUGAAGUCCCAACCGGAACUCUUCAAACUGGGAGCAUACUCGCCACGAAAGGUCUACACCCACGAUAACAUCGCCGAUAUUGUGGAAUAUGGACGAGCUCGAGGUGUUCGUGUCCUUCCAGAGUUCGAUGCUCCAGCUCAUGUAGGUGAAGGUUGGCAGAACAAGAAUAUGACUGCUUGCUUCAACGCCCAGCCAUGGAAGAAUUUCUGUGUUGAACCACCAUGUGGUCAGCUUGAUCCCACAGUCGAUGACUUGUACAACGUUCUGGAGGACAUCUAUCGGGAAAUGUUUGAAUUAUUCAGUCCCGAUGUAUUCCAUAUGGGUGGUGAUGAAGUGUCCACAGCUUGCUGGAAUACAAGUGAAGUAAUCCGCAAUUGGAUGCUUGCCAAGGGUUGGGGUCUGGAGGAGAAGGAUUUCAUGAAAUUGUGGAAUCAUUUCCAGGAGCAAGCACUAGCUAGAGUUGAUAAUCUUUCGUCCAAUAAAAAAAUGCCAAUAAUUAUGUGGACUAGUCGUUUGACAGAAGCUCCCUACAUCGACCAAUACCUUGACAAAGAUCGUUACAUCAUUCAAGUGUGGACUACUAGUUUUGAUAUGAAGAUCAAGGAGAUUCUAAAACGUGGCUACAAGAUGAUUCUUUCGAACUAUGAUGCCCUCUACUUUGAUUGUGGAUUCGCCGGGUGGGUCACCGAUGGAAACAACUGGUGUUCCCCAUACAUCGGUUGGCAGAAGGUCUACGAGAAUAGUCCCGAGAAAAUUGCCGGUGACUAUAACGAUCUCAUUUUGGGAUCAGAAGCUGCUAUUUGGUCUGAACAAAUUGAUGAGCAUACAGUCGAUGCCAGAUAUUGGCCAAGAGCCAGUGCAUUGGCCGAACGUCUGUGGUCGAAUCCAAAGGAUAAUUGGCGAGCAGCUGAAUCUCGAUUGUUGGUUCAUCGGGAACGUUUGACCGAUAAUGGUUUAGCAGCCGAGACAAUUGAACCAGAAUGGUGUUUGCAAAAUCAAAACGAAUGCCCCAUUGAUGCUUAUGAUUCAAAAAACGUAUCGAGCGGAUAAUGCGGGAUGCAUAUUAUUUUCUUUUGUAUUUUUUCGAUCCUUAUUGCAAUGAUAAAUGGAUGAUAAACUAAUUGAUUAGAUAAUAAUUUGCGGCUUAAAUGAUGUAACGUGUGUACCUAAUUAUACGAAGAUUAUGUACCUUUUUUGUGUAAGAAACAAACACAAGCAAUAAAUAUUUUUUUUAACAAAUGA